UGGUGGAGUUGUCUUUCAUUCAUAGGUCUACAAGAAAGUCCGCGAUGUUAAAUUAUUAAUAAUUAUUAAAUUAAAUACGUUCGUUAAAUUAAGAAUUUCAUACAGAUUACAAUGGUCCCUUACACCAUGCAAUUUAAAUGAAUAUUUUAGGAGAAAUCGUAAAUUAAAGUUUCAUUCCGAGCCAUAUAACUUGUACGAAAUGUUAAAGAUGCUAUCCGCAGUUAGUUUUAAUUUUUACCACCUUAUGCGUUGGGAUCGCUUUACUUACCCCCACCAUGCCUAAUUGAAUGAGUGUAAUUUUUAUUGUAACAUUAUUUUUAUAUUAUAUAGCCUUAGUACGCAACUGAAAAAACGAUAAUCAUUACGGAAACUAUAGCGUCCGCGUUGGCAACACCAUAGAAAAGCUCGGAAGGGGUUGGCGCGAACGAAGUCGUGAAGGUCCCGAGUUAGUACAUUCGCCAGCUCCGUGCCGUGUGGUCGCGCGAUUGCCGUGCCGGUUGUACUGCCGUCGUGCGUUUUGCCGGACUUGAAAGAACCGUCACAAACAAGUCGAGGAUGCUACCCGUGAAGCCAGGCAGCCCCGCGCCGGACGGCAGCUCCAUGGACAAGAAGCCGAUCGCUGGCAUCCCGCGGGUGGCGCCCACCACCAAGUUCAACGCGCCCGUGCAUAUCGACGUGGGCGGCACCAUCUACACCUCGUCGUUGGAGACGCUCACCGCAUACCCCGAAUCGAGGCUCGGGAAGAUGUUCAACGGAACCAUCCCCAUAGUCCUAGACACAUUGAAGCAGCACUACUUCAUUGACCGCGACGGCGGCAUGUUCCGGCACAUCCUCAACUUCCUGCGUAACAAGAAGCUGUUGCUGCCUGAUGACUUCUCCAACUUAGAUUUGCUGCUACACGAAGCACUAUAUUUCGAGCUAGACCAUAUGGUGUUCGUCCUGACGAAGAUGAAGAACAACAAAGAGGGCGUGAAGCAAGACCGCGUGUGGCUGAGCGAGGCCACCGAGCGGCUCAAGCAGGAGUCGGAGCUGCUCACGCAGGAGCGCGAGCGCUUGCAGCAGCGGUGGUCGUGAACGGAGGUUAGCUGUACAGAUGCUGAAAUAAAAAGGCGACGCACUACGUAACCGUUAUUUGUUUAAAAAAAGUCAUUGUUUUUUAUUUCAAUUUUUAGUAGGUUAUGAAUAAGUUAACUAUAGUAUAUAAGCUAUUUUUAUUUAGCAUAGAAUCUGUUAUUAGUAGAUUAGGUAGAAGGAUUUAAGUCUUCGGCAAGCUCGGCUGAAUUUCACCUUCCCAUAGAAACGGAGUUUUGUUCUCAGUUUAAAACUACGUGUUGGAUUGUAAUGAAACUUUGCAAAUACAAUGAAUCAAGGGCUGAAAUUAGUUUAUAUUGUUCCACCUAAUAUAAUAAACGAAAUAGAGCAAAAAUAAGUUUUGUAAGAAAAACCUAAAUUCACUGUGUUUUUUUAACUGCAUAUGGUAUCUGAGGCUACAUAAACGAAUUAUCUUAUUGUAAGUACAAUUUUUCACAAUGCCGGAUUUAGAGGUCUGGAGGCCUCGGGCAAUAAAGGAGUGGAGGCCCCCUGGCCCCAAAUUUUUUUCCAAAUAAAAUGGUAAAUUUACCGAAUUCUCUAUUGUGGGGGCCCCUUUUUUGUGGAGGCCCGGGGCAGUAGCCCCGGUUGCCCUCCCCUAAAUCCGGCCCUGAAUUUUUUCAGAGCGAUCUAGCUAUUCGUUUUAGAAUGAGAGCGUAACUAAGUACCUAUGUAAGGAGAACCGAGCUUGCUGGGGACCCAUAAGAUAACAUCCCAGGCCAUAAACCCAAUUACCUACUAAAGGUUCAUUAUUUACUAACUCGGGACUUAAUUGCAUAAAAUUAUGAGGAUACGGGAGCUGAGAUUUACAUAUUUUAGAUGAAUUUAUUUGUCUCACUAAUAGAAGCGGCUCUAUCGGAACUAGUGUGAUAAGGAGAACGCCAGGUUGGGCAAAAAAUCCUACAUAAAAAUCUCAAAAAACGAUGUUUCCAAAACUUAACCAAAUGUAGCGAAAUUUUGUGAUCUAAAUGAGAAUGAAAUUAUCUGUGUCGGACUGUUUUGCUUUCUAGGCUAAUUUAUGUCAGUUUUGAAUAUGAUGCUUCUCUUUGAGCCUAGUAAAUUAGGCCGUUUUGCGAAUAUUUGAAGUGCAGUAGCGCCUUAAUAAACAAAAAUAUCAAAAAAAGCAAAACAGUCUGACACAGAUAUAAAUGAUAAUAAUCUGUGUUGAAAACAUCAUUGCUCUAGCUUCAUAAAUCUUGGAGGAAACCCUCCCUCCUGUUGCCUCUUAAGUUUUAAAUUUAAAUCCGACGGUUCGAGGACGGCGUUGUGUCCAUGGUCUCUAAAAGACUGCCUAAAGUUGACAACAACAUCUUCUUGCCGCGCGAGUUUUUCUACUACCCGCACUUAUUCUGUUUAUCGCUAUAUUUGUUUUCGCUUACAGUAUCGCAAGUUGAAAAACCGAACAUUGUGAGUGCUGUGUGUCGACUCGGUGACGUCCCUAGUGCUCAUAACGUUCAAAUUGAUAAACAAAACCAAGUGCCGCUAGUUCGAAAAUCUCGCGCGGCUAGAUGUUGAUGUCAACUUUAUGCACAUGACUGUAACCGAGUAAGUGAAGUGCAAGUAGAUCGUGAAACAUUUGAUUGCCGUAAUUACACUUACAAGGAUAUAGUCUGGCAAACACAUCUUGUCAUUCACUAAGAAGCACGAAAAUUAUACUCGUCCCUUUCUUUUGGGUGCUAGUACAGUCAGCAUCAAAAGUAGCGGAUAAAACAACGCGCCAAAAAUAUCUGAUAUUCCGUAUAACUUUUCCAAAUGUAGAUAAUUUUCUAAAAUUCGCGUUCAAAAAUAUAUCUUUUAUAGUCUUAGUUCUUCUACAUUAAAGACAUCACUUUUUGUUAAGCUGUUACAGAAUGGUAGAUACUUAUGAAGCGUUAUUUGAUCCACUACUUUUGAUGCUGACUGUACUAGCGUAAGACAAAUACAGUAUGAUUCUCUCUGCCUAUAAGUAUGUUUGAAAUGAGAUAGUCCUGGGUCAAUCUAUAGAUACAUAUUACAUAACCUAACUAAUUAACAAGUAUUUAGAACUAGGAAGAAUAAAAUCAGGGAUAAAAUUGAAAAAAAAAAAGGUUCAGGCAUCAAAAAUAAUAUGAUAAUAGCGAUAAUCGCAUGAAAUACACGUUUACAAAAAUCUCGGAUUACCAACUUUUCCUAGUUCUGAAUACAAAAAUAAGAGAUUUGUAGUUAGGUAUUAAGAAGCUAGCUUUGGUAAUUAAAGAGGUAGAUGUUACAGGUAUUCGUAUAAUAAUCAUAACAGUUGUUAAUAUGAUUCACGUAAGUAAUACAUGUGUUAUUCAAAAUAUGUAAUAAAUUUACUGAAUUUUUA